CUGAAAAGGCCGCAAAGAGUACCAAACCAACUCUUGGAUCUAAAUUAAUCAAAACUUCCUGUGCCGUCCCAAAAUGGUCCAACUCCCACCUCCUCAUGUUCUCUUCACUUUCCUCAUCAUCUUCCUCUCCAUUGCACUAAGAAAAUGGAAGAAGAUUCAUAAUAACAAUGGGACCGUUUUGGAGCUGCCUCCCAGCCCGAAGAGGCUGCCUUUUAUUGGGAACCUGCAUCAAAUGAGAGGCUCACACCCUCAUCAUACGCUUAGCAACUUAGCCAAGAGACAUGGCCCUAUAAUGAGUCUCCAGCUGGGUGAGAUCUUGGCCAUCGUGAUCUCUUCACCCGAAGCAGCCAAGGAAAUCCUCAAGACCCACGAGCUAGCCUUUGCCCAGAGGCCUAAAUUCGCCCACCUCGAUGCUGUCAUGUACAAGAACUGCAGCUUGAUAUUCUCUCCAUAUGGCGAGUACUGGAGGCAAAUAAGAAAGAUAUGUGUGCUCGAGCUCCUCAGCAUGAAGAAGGUCGCGUCUUUCCGUUAUAUUAGGGAACAGGAGGCCUGGAACAUGAUCAAAGCUAUUGGAGACUUCGAGGGAAAGACUUUCAACUUGAGCAAAUUGGUAUCUUCCCUCUUGAUGAACUUGACUGCCCGUGCAGCAUUCGGAGAAAGGUGCAAGCAUCGAGAUGAUUUCGUUUCAUUCAUAGAGGAGCUCGCGCAGCUCAGCGAAUGGUUCAAAUUGUGUGACCUCUUCCCAUCCAUGAAGUUCCUUCGCAACACGUCCAGGGUGAAGACCGCUUGGGAGAGGCUGCAUGGCAAGAUCAAUGACAUUCUCAAUCAUAUUAUAGAGGAUCACAAGGCCAAGCAUGAAAUCGCCAUUAGUCACGAGAAUAAGGCACCGAUGGGGGAAGAUUUAGUCGAUGUUCUCCUGAAUCUUCAUAAGACCAAGGAGUUCCAUUUCUUGAUCACAAUGGAUGUCAUAAAAAAUGUUAUCAUGGAAAUGUUCUUGGCCGGGACAGACACAUCCUUCACAGUAAUCGAAUGGGCAAUGUCCGAGAUUCUACGGAACCCUAGGGUGAUGCAAAAGGCCCAACUAGAGGUCCGAAGCCACCUCAACGGCAAGUGCUGGGUCGAGGAAUCCGAUGUCCAAAGCCUAAUGUACCUCAAGGCAAUAAUCAAGGAAACACUGAGGCUCCACCCACCGGGUGCACUAGUUCCCAGGGAAGCAAGAGAGAAUUGCAAAGUUAUGGGCUAUGAUAUCCCAUCCAACGCCAAGAUCAUCAUCAAUACAUGGGGCAUUGGGCGCGACCCGAACUACUGGCCUAGCCCAGAAGAGUUCCGGCCGGAGAGGUUUGUGGAAUCUUCUGUGGACUUUCGAGGGAAUAGCUUUGAGUACAUUCCCUUCGGAGGUGGGCGAAGAAUGUGCCCCGGGAUUAACUUUGGGAUUGCUAGCAUUGAGCUCCCUUUAGCACAACUGCUCUAUCAUUUCGAUUGGGAACUUGGUGAUGGGAAAAGAUUGCCCCAUGAGCUUGACAUGGAGGAGACGUCUGGGCUCACUGCGCAGAGGAAGAACCCUCUCGUGUUGACCGCGAAAACCCAUAUCAAGUUCUCCAAUAAAGAGAUGUGAUUCCUGCCUACACACCCAGGUUAUAGGCCGAGAAGAACAAGUCCCAGCUGACUAUUGAGUUCUUCCGUGCGUAUGUCCUAAACAUUAGAUAUUUCGAAUAAAUGAUUUUAUGUCCGAGUGUCACCGUUAGCAUGGUUGUAAGACUAUUACAGUUAAGGAAUUACCUUCCAAGCAAAUAAAAUAAAUAAAUAAAUAAAUAAGAAAAAUACUAUUACAAAUAA